AUGGAGCUCGAACAACAAAACACGUGCACCAGCAUCAACCCCACUUUCUUCUCCCGUCAUGUCCUUCCACCGCGCUCAGCUGCUACACAUCGUCCCGCCCAAACCACCUUUGCAACAGACGACCAAAUCGCCUUAGACGGCAUCACUGCGUGCCACGUCAUCGGCGGCGUCAUUGACCCCGCAAGCAGGAAAGCGGGCAGCGGAUCCGGAGUAACCGGCUCAGAGGGCUCUUCUUCUUGUGCAGCGCUGGGAGGCAGACGUUCAGGUGGAGCUCUAUUCAAAAAGCAGGAUGUCGGGUGGGCUGGUAAAAGAGAGGGACGACGGCUCUUAGAUGUGCUCAGCACACCCGCGGGCCCGCCUUUCACCGUGGAAACCCCAAGGCAUCCAUCGUUCGGCGGGGUAUGUCUUGUCUCCCCCCGACUGUCAUGCCCACAACCCCGAUCGCAGUAG